UUCGGCGAUCAGCGCUGUACGACCCGCUUGCAGGUGUUUGCGACAGCUCUCCACGUGCACACGGCAGCAUGACGGAAUACGGCAGUGAGAAGAUGGCGGAAGAAGAGCGGAAUGCCAGUGCAGAGAAACUCAAGGAGAAGGCGAAUAACUACUUCAAAGAUAAAGACUAUGAGAACGCCAUCAAGUAUUACACGGAAGCAGUGGAGCUGAACCCGAGCAAUGCCAUCUACUACAGUAACAGGAGUCUGGCGUACCUGCGCACCGAGUGCUAUGGCUAUGCGCUGGCGGACGCCACGCAAGCCCUGGAGCUGGACAAGAACUACAUUAAGGGCUACUAUCGGCGAGCCACCUCCAACAUGGCCCUGGGCAAGUUUAAAGCGGCACUUAAAGAUUACGAAACGGUAGUAAGAGUUCGUCCCAAUGACAAAGAUGCCAAGAUGAAGUACCAGGAGUGCAAUAAGAUUGUCAAACAGAAGGCCUUUGAACGGGCCAUCGCCGGCGACGAGCUCAAGCGAUCAGUCGUAGACUCCUUAGACAUCGAGAACAUGACAAUCGAGGAUGACUAUACUGGACCUAAACUUGAAGAUGGGAAGGUUACGCUGAAGUUCAUGAAAGACUUGAUGGACUGGUUCAAAGACCAGAAGAAACUGCACAGAAAGUGUGCUUACCAGAUGCUGGUUCAAGUUAAAGAAGUUUUAUCCAAACUUCCAAGUCUUGUUGAAAUUACAUUAAAAGAGACAGAGAAAAUAACUAUUUGUGGAGACACACAUGGCCAGUACUAUGAUCUCCUAAAUAUCUUUGAGUUGAACGGUUUACCAUCUAUAACUAAUCCUUAUCUGUUCAAUGGUGACUUUGUGGACCGCGGCUCUUUCUCUUUAGAAGUCAUUCUCACACUGUUUGGCUUCAAGCUGCUGUAUCCAGAACACUUCCACCUGCUUCGAGGUAACCACGAGACGGAUAACAUGAAUCAGAUGUACGGGUUCGAGGGUGAGGUGAAAGCGAAGUACACCGCCCAGAUGUUCCAGCUCUUCAGUGAAGUCUUCCAGUGGCUUCCUCUCACCCAGUGCAUCAAUAACAAAGUGCUGGUGAUGCACGGAGGACUGUUUAGUGAGGACGGUGUGACUUUAGAUGACAUUAGAAAGAUAGACAGGAACAGACAGCCUCCAGACUCUGGUCCAAUGUGUGAUCUCCUGUGGUCAGAUCCUCAGCCGCAGAGUGGGCGGUCCAUCAGCAAGCGGGGUGUGAGCUGUCAGUUUGGGCCUGAUGUUACGGAGCGCUUCCUGGAGCAGAACAAGCUGCAGUACAUAGUGCGCAGUCAUGAGGUGAAAGCCGAGGGUUACGAGGUCACUCACUCAGGGAAGUGCAUCACCGUGUUCUCAGCGCCAAACUACUGUGACCAGAUGGGAAAUAAAGGAGCUUACAUUCAUCUCAGGGGAUCAGACCUCAAGCCAGAGUUCCACCAGUUUACUGCUGUGCCUCAUCCAAAUGUCAAGCCGAUGGCAUACGCCAACUCUCUGAUGCAGCUGGGUAUGAUGUAGAGGUGACGCAGACAGCAGCUGCUGUGGUCCACACCAAUCCCUCCAAAUCCACUCUCACAUUCUGCUCAUCUCUGUUUCCCACACACUUUCUUCCUCGUGUACACACGCACACUUUACAGUACUCUAACCUGUAGAUACAUGGGGAAGAAUCACAUUGGCGAUGCCUUGACUUAAAAAACAAAAAAAAAAAAGGAACUAGGAAUGUUAUUCGCAAAUUCACGGAUGUCGUACUUGGAUUGACCCUCCCCACGCUCUUGUCAUUAAUGUAUCCAUUCGUGUAGAGCUGCAUAGUUUGAAUUGGAUGUUUAGCUCGGUGAUAAAUGAGCUGAAUUGUACCAAAGAAUGGGUAAGUGUAUAUGACGCAUCCCAAAGUAAGAGUGUCGAUGUAGAAUUCAAGCCUUGUGAGGACCGGAGACUAAAAACCUGAUCAGCACUUUUACCCAGCGGUGUGUUUCUACAUAGGGCCUUUAUUUUGAAAUUUUACCCCUUCACAAUCCCGCAUCCUGUUUCAUCUGAAGUACUGUUGGGAGGGAGAACGGUGUGUCAUUUCAAUACUGUAGCAGUGUGCGCCGUCUAUCAAAAAACAUAAUAAAAGUCAACUUUCAUAACAGGAAACUCCACCCAGAGCGUCUGUCACGAGGUCAGAGUUUCUGUGAUUAAACGCCACAAACAAAUUUAGGUGCUGUGUUAGCUCCAGUAGUUUUCUUCACACUUUUUGGCUCUCUUUCCCUUCUUUCAGAAUAGGGAGAAUUGCAGUAUUGUGAAGCCCAAUAAGUGUUUGGUGUUCUCCACUCUGUAGGCAGCUCCCACACGUUCUUUCUCCCAACAUGCUGGACUGAAAUGCACUGGAGAUGUUCUGUAACCCUCGUAUAACCUUCCACUGUCUGUCUAGCAGAUCCCGAACCCUUCGUGUGGACUCCAAGUAAUACAGCAGAAACCUACCUUCCUCUCUUUAAGCGCACAGCAGCCAUGUCCCAUGCCCUUGACUUUUUAGAAAAUAUCAUAUACACCAACAUACAUGUGUGUGUAUGUGUGUAUAUAUAUAUGUAUGCAUAUACACACACACACACUGUAUAUUGAAAUUUCUGUGUACAUGUUUGGAAAAAAGAAGUUGUUGAAUAAAAACGCCAGUCUAAUAAUGUAGAGUGUUCAUACCUCUUUGUUCUGUUAGUUGAGUGGCACCAGUAGUGGCACGGGUCGCAUUAUCAGCAUUGGCUGCAGCUGAUAUGAAAGAAUGUUUCAUUCAAUCGACGAGGACCGAAUGGGAAAACGUGUCAUUUUUUAAAAAUGUCUCAAUACUGCACAAUAGGCAUCGUGUCUGGCGAACUAUGUUUUAAAUAAAAAUUUAAACAAAACUA